AUGGAAUAUUCAAAUUUCUCUCAAACUUUACCCGAUACAAAAUUUUGCUAUCUUCUUCGAAGAAAUCGAAACCACUUUUACCUGGGUGCGUUUCAAGCGGCGAUCAACAACAGCGAGAUCCCUAAUCUUUCGCAGGAGGAUAUCGUCGAGCGCGAUUGCCUCGUCCACCGCUCUUACAUCGCUCUCGGUAGCUACCAGCUUGUCAUCAAUGAGAUCGACGAAGCGUCCGCUACUCCUCUGCAGGCAGUCAAGCUCCUUGCUAUGUAUCUAUCGAGUCCUGAAAAUAAGGAAUCAACCAUUUCAAGCUUGAAGGAAUGGUUGGCAGAUCCAACCGUAGGAAACAAUGCUACUAUUCGUUUGAUUGCUGGACAAGAACUCUGCUAUUGCUGGAAGUAGAAAGAUCGUACGUACCAAUGUUUCUUCAAGUAAAUAACUUCUCUUAUGAAUCCUGUUUUUUUUCUUUUGUAAUUUACGGUUGCAUAGAAAUGGAUUGGUUUAUGAUGAUAGAUAUUGAUUCAUGUUAUUGCUGAUAUUGGUUUAUAA